AUGGUCCUCGCGCAGCCCCAGAAUCAGCACGUCAAGGGUCUUUUUGACCUGACCGGCAAAGUCGCCGUCGUGACUGGUGGUGCUCGUGGAAUCGGUCUCGAAGUUUCUCGAGGACUAGCUGAGGCCGGUGCUAAUGUAGCUCUGAUCUAUAAUUCAUCCAAGACAGCUGAGGCCAUCGCCGCGGAAAUUGCAAGCGCGAACAAUGUGCGCGCAGUCGCAUACCAGGCCAAUGUCACCGACCAGUCCCAGAUCGAAUUAGUAAUUCAGCAGGUUGCCCAGGACUUUGGAAAACUUGAUAUUCUUGUCGCCAACUCGGGCAUUGUGAGCAGCGUUGCUGCUGAAGACUAUACCCCCAGCCAGUGGAGCGAGAUCAUAAAGGUCAACCUUGACGGCGCAUUCUACUCUGCCCAAGCUGCCGCCCGUAUCUUCAAGCAGCAGGGAUAUGGCAACGUGAUCUUCACGGCUUCUGUGAGCGCUACGUUGGUGAAUGUACCUCAGAAGCAAGCCGCCUACAACGCGUCCAAGGCAGGCGUAGUACAAUUGGCCAAGUGCCUUUCCGUCGAAUGGGUUGAUUUUUGCCGGGUUAACUGUGUUUCUCCUGGCUUCAUCGCUACCGAAAUCCUCGACAUCCACCCCGAGGAAUGGCGCGCCAAAUGGUACGAUAUGAUUCCUGCCAAGCGCAUGGCCCAGGCAUACGAAUUAAAAGGGGCCUAUGUCUUCUGUGCUUCCGAUGCCUCAAGUUACAUGACCGGGGCCGAUAUUAUUAUAGACGGGGGAUAUACUCUACCUUGA